AUGACGAAACAAGCAGAGACCAACUCGACCCAGACGACUUCGAACAGCAAGGACGAGGACUGGAAGACGCAGGCCCCCUACGUGCCCCCCGGGAAAGCCCACCCCCACGGCGACGGCUUCGAGAAGAAGAUCCGCGGCGCGUGCCAGUGUGGCCAGGUCUCGUACUGGCUCCGGAAAGACAAGCCUUUGUCCUCCAAGUACUGCCACUGCAAAGACUGUCAGAAGAUGCAUGGCGCCCCCUUCCAAUGGGCGGCCAUCUUCCACAAGGAUGACCUCGCCUUCGACAAGGGCGUCGACGGCCUCGUCUUCUACUCGUCCGGCAAGAACCUCCAGGGCCACGACCUGCCCUGCAAGGUCAGCUGCGGCUUUUGCGGCAGCCGCAUCAUGGACGAGGGCAGGAACAUGGUUCUCCUGUUCCCGGGCCUGCUCCAUUUCGACGGCGAGGCGAAGCGGAACAACUUUGAAGUGAAGAUGCAUAUUUUCUACGGCCAACGAGUCGUCGACCUUCCGGACGGAAAGCCCAAGUGGAGCGGGCUGAACGACCAAAGUGAAAAGCUAGAGGAGGACGUGAAGGAUGUCAAGCACAAGAAGCAGAAGACGGACCAUACCAACGGCGACUAG